UUGUGGACAAGCUACGAUAUAUGGAAAACCGGUGAUAAGAUGUACACAAAGGUGUUUAUACCAACUGAGUUUAGAGACGAUUCGUGGCGACUCAUACCACGGCUACUUAUUCUGACAGCUGUUGGAUUGGGACUAUUGUCCUUUAUUGUCCUUUUGGUAGGAAGUCUAGUGCCAGUUUUUAACAGGAAACCAGCUGUAUUGAAUGCCUGGAGGAUAGGAUCAUCGGUUAUUUCAUUUUGUGCAGGAGGACUUCUGGUUUCGUGUUUAGUCUACUACAUGACACAUUACCAGUCCAUUUUGUCAGUUCUAUUCGACAAUGAAGCUAAUCAAUACCCAGGCAAAACCAACAUUUCAGUCGGAUUCUACCUGACAGGAUUUGCAAGUGCCAUGUUUUUUGCAUCUGCUAUUAUCAAUAUUGUAAAUGUUGUAAUACUUAUCAAAUCAAACAAAGCCUCAGUAAAACCUAUUGAAUUGCUUCAGGAAACAAAGGAAAAAAACGACGUCUAAAACAAUAGAUUAACCGUGAUUUUGUUAUGUAUUAGUCAGUUAAUAUUGGCUGCAUUCGAGUGUGUUAUAACUGAAUGUCAAACAAUUCCAACAGAGAUGCCGUUUGAGAAGCAAGUAAACUUUGUUGUGGUACAUCAAGAUCUAGUUUUAAAAAGUAAAUGUUUUCUAUUUUAUUAAAAAAUAUUUUUGUGUAA